GCUGUGUGUCUGUUUGACACGUACCUCACCCUGGUGUGUGGAAGUCUACCCAUGUAUCGGAUGUGAAAGGAUUUCGGGCGGUUCAAGACCGACAGACCUUUUGUAACGUUCAGUGCAGACUGGUUUCAUAACCUGCAACAUGGAGCCAGGGGCGAGUGACGCGGCAGCAGCAGGUGCUCGAUACGUUGAACCCUCCAAAGCGAAGAAAAAGAGCAGUGAGGAGAACGAACAGGCAACUUCGUCCCCGUCUGAGCAGGCCAGCACCAUGAAGCGUCUCUUUGGCUUUGAGAAAGAAGACGUGUCAUCAUGGCAUCGGCUGGUGUGUCUCCUCAAUCGCCCCACUGACCCGGCCUCAUUGGGCAUUUUCCGUUUCUUAUUUGGUAUGCUGAUGGCGCUGGACAUCACCCAGGAGCGAGGCCUGAGUCAUCUGGACUUUAAGUAUUUAGACGGGGCACCGGUGUGCCGCUUCCCCCUCUUCAACUUCCUGAAGCCCCUUCCCAUGGACUGGAUGUUCUUUGUGUAUUUUGUUAUGCUCCUUGGCGCUGUUGGUAUCAUGCUCGGCCUUUUUUAUCGCCUUGCCUGUCUGAUGUUUAUAUCUACUUACUGGUACGUUUUCUUCCUGGACAAAACGACCUGGAACAAUCACUCUUAUCUGUACGGACUCAUCGGCUUCCAGCUCACGCUCAUGGACGCCAACAGAUACUGGUCAUUAGAUGGACUCCGAAACCCCAGGAAGAGGAACGCCCAUGUACCGCUGUGGAACUACACUUUGCUGAGAACUCAGAUUUUCAUUGUGUACUUCAUCGCUGGGGUCAAGAAACUAGAUGCUGAUUGGGUGGAAGGGUACUCGAUGAAAUACUUGGCACACCAUUGGUUAUUUGACCCUUUCAAAAUGAUCUUGCCUGUUGAAUUGGUCAGUCUGAUGGUGGUCCAUGGCGGGGGUCUGAUCUUAGACCUCACAGCUGGCUAUCUGCUUUUCUUCGAUGCCACCCGUCCUGUCGCUAUCUUCUUUGUCAGCUAUUUCCACUGCAUGAAUUCCCAGCUCUUUAGCAUAGGAAUGUUUGCUUACACCAUGUUGGCCACAAGCCCUCUCUUUUGCUACCCUGACUGGCCUAGACGCUUUUUUGGCCGUUUCCCAGAGUUCCUCUGGCCUGUACUGCCCCUCAUCUCUCCUGCCCCGAGUCCCAGCUCCUCCUGCGUGUACCCAAAUCCACCCAGUGUGCCUAGAGAACAAGAUGAGACCCACUCGGCUCCCAGACCCACCACACCGAGCUUCAAGCACAAGUUUAGAGCCUUCUUCGCCAUCCUUUACAUCACAGAGCAGCUCUUCUUGCCAUACUCGCACUUCAUCACGCAGGGCUAUAAUAACUGGACAAAUGGACUGUAUGGCUACUCAUGGGACAUGAUGGUUCACUCUCGCUCACAUCAGCAUGUCAAGAUCACCUACAGAGAUGGCGAAACAGGCGAGGUUGGAUAUCUGAACCCUGGAGUUUUCACUCAGAGCCGGAGAUGGAAAGACCAUGGAGACAUGUUGAAGCAGUACGCGACUUGCCUCAGUGAAAAUCUGCCACGCUUCAAUAUCUCAGACCCAGAGAUCUACUUUGACAUUUGGGUGUCCAUCAAUGACCGUUUCCAACAGAGGAUUUUUGACCCACGCAUUGACAUCGUAAAAGCCGAUUGGUCGCCUUUCCGCCCCAAUCCAUGGCUCAUGCCACUUCUCGUUGACUUAUCACCAUGGAGAACCAAAUUUGAGGAGAUUGAGGGGUCUUUGGACAACCAGACUGAGGUGGUAUUCAUUGCUGACUUCCCAGGCCUUUUUCUUGAAAACUUUGUGAGCGAGGAUCUUGGGAACACCAGUGUUCAGGUCCUGGAGGGUCUAGUGAAGGUUGAAAUAGUGGACGAAAAGAAGAACUACAGUUUGCAACCAGGAGAAAAGAUGCAGAUACCAGCUGGCGCGUACCAUAAGGUUUACACUGUGUCAGAAGGGCCAUCCUGUUACAUGUACAUUUAUGUAAAUACUACUGAGGCGGAGCUUCAGAAGAACUUCUCCAAGCUUUCUGAACUUCAGGAGAAAGUGCGCAAUGGAACAGAAACAGAGCCUUUGCCUCCUGAGAUGCAGCCGCUCAUCACCGGUCUCGACGACCAGGACUCGGACAACAGCGUGAUCGACCCUGUAGUGCGAAUCUUCCUCAAACGACAGAAGCGCAUGCAGGAGGUGAAAAAGCGUCGGGAAGCUUCUGUGGUCGAGAGGUUCCAGAGAUUUGCCUCAAAGAAAUACUACUCGAUCAGACGAGGGAUCCUGAUGACAGCCAUCGCUUUGCGUAACCUGGCUGUAGGUUUGCCACCGCUAGAGCAACUGACAAGAGAGGUGGCCUACGCCAACCUGAAGGAGCCUGAGAGCGAGACCAAUCAGGACGAGCGUCUUAAAGACGAGGUGGGCCACGGAGAGCUGUGAGAGAACACUGUUACUGAGCUGCUGGCUGAUCCUGCAGAAAAUCAACAAAUGCUUUAGUAAGUCAGUAUUUUUGGAACAUUCCACGAUCAGGUUAUUGUUUAGUUUUUUAAUCAUACACUUAAGCCCAAAAAUGUAAAUCUUUUACACACCCCUCA